GUUGUCAUUUGUGCGUUUCGUUGUGUCGGUGAAAAGCGAAAUUUAAUCUGUAAAAUACGUAAAAAUCUGCAGCCCUUUUAAAUAAAAAACCAUGAGCGGCUUUCCGGGAACGUUCGCGUUUGACGAAUAUGGUCGGCCCUUUAUCAUAUUGCGCGACCAGGAGCGGCAAAAACGCAUCACAGGCACAGAUGCCAUCAAGACGCACAUAAUGGCGGCCCGUCAAAUUGCCUCGACGCUAAAAACAUCGCUGGGACCUAAAGGUCUGGACAAGAUUAUGGUGAGUUCGGAUGGUGAUGUUACGGUUACCAAUGACGGCGCCACCAUUCUGAAGCUGAUGGAGGUCGAACACGAGAUCGCCAAGUUGAUGGUGCAGCUAUCGCAGUCGCAGGACGAUGAAAUCGGUGAUGGCACCACUGGCGUUGUAGUGCUGGCCGGAGCGUUACUUGAGCAGGCUGAGGGCUUGAUUGAUCGUGGCAUUCAUCCGAUUCGUAUAGCAGAUGGAUUUGAAUUGGCAGCACAGUGCGCAAUCAAACAACUGGAUUCAAUUGCCGAGCCUUUCCCAGUUGAUCCCAACAACAAGGAGCCACUCAUUCAGAUUGCUAUGACUACACUGGGUAGCAAGAUUGUGAAUAAAUGUCAUCGCCAGAUGGCUGAGAUGGCCGUUGACGCUGUGCUAAAUGUGGCGGACAUUGAGAAGAAGGACGUUAACUUUGAGCUAAUCAAGAUCGAGACCAAAGUGGGUGGACGCAUGGAAGAUUCCAUGUUGGUUAAGGGCGUUGUCGUCGACAAGACAAUGAGCCACUCACAAAUGCCUAAGGUGUUGAAAGAUGUGAAGCUCGCUAUACUCACCUGCCCAUUUGAGCCCCCAAAGCCCAAGACCAAGCAUAAGUUGGAUGUCACAUCUGCCGAAGAUUAUCGGGCGCUGCGCGAAUACGAGCAAGAGAAAUUUACCCAGAUGGUGAAGCAAGUGAAGGAUGCCGGAGCAACUUUGGCCAUCUGCCAAUGGGGCUUUGAUGACGAAGCCAACCAUCUCUUGCUGCAGCAAGAACUGCCUGCUGUGCGUUGGGUCGGUGGCCCCGAAAUCGAACUGAUCGCCAUUGCCACCGGCGGCCGUAUUGUUCCCCGCUUCGAGGAAUUGACUCCAGAAAAGUUGGGCACGGCUGGGUUGGUGCGUGAAAUGGCUUUCGGAACUUCGAAGGACAAAAUGCUGGUCAUUGAGGAGUGCAAAAACUCAAAGGCCGUAACAAUCUUCUUGCGUGGUGGCAAUGCAAUGAUCAUCGCUGAGGCCAAACGCUCCAUACAUGAUGCUAUCUGUGUGGUGCGCUCUUUGGUGAAGGAUUCGCGUAUUGUCUACGGUGGCGGCGCUGCUGAGAUCAGCUGCUCUUUAGCUGUGGCAAAGGAAGCGGAUCAGCUGUCUACGCUAGAACAGUAUGCAUUCCGAGCAUUCGCUGUGGCCCUCGAGAGUAUACCUUUGGCUUUGGCUGAGAAUAGUGGUCUUCAUCCCAUUGAAACGCUGUCGGAGCUGAAGGCAAGUCAAGUGGCCGAAAAGAAGCCUACCUUGGGUGUCGACUGCAUGUUAACUGGAGAAUCCGACAUGAAGCAGCACAAUGUGGUCGAAUCGCUGAAUUCAAAGAAGCAGCAGCUGCUUCUGGCUACUCAGCUCGUCAAGAUGAUACUCAAAAUCGACGACGUGCGCUCCAAGAACGACGGUAGCAUGUAAAUGCGAAAACACCCACACUUGUCCCCGCACCAAUAUAUAUGUACAUCCUUCGCUUCGCUACACACGCACUAUGCGCAACUCGCCUUCAUCUAAAUCUGUAUUAAUUGUUUAUUUAAUUGAUCAACGAUUCUUUGGAAAAGAAACAAACUGCAAGGAGUGAAAACCAUUAAACGGUUUCUCUUGGUCUAAUACAUAUUUACAUUUACUAAAAA